AUGUACAAUAAAGCUCUGAUUUUUCCAGUCCUGUUGGUGUCGGUGAUAAUAACUUCUCUUGCUCCGGUGAGAUCUCUAGACCCGCCUUUGAACGACGACGUUUUGGGGCUCAUUGUCUUCAAAGCCGACUUGCGAGAUCCAGAGGCAAAGCUUGCUUCUUGGAACGAAGAUGACUACACUCCUUGUAGCUGGAACGGAGUCAAAUGCCAUCCGAGAACUAACCGAGUCACUGAGCUAACCCUAGAUGGCUUCUCUCUCUCUGGCCGAAUUGGCCGUGGGUUACUCCAGCUCCAGUUUCUUCACAAGCUCUCUCUGUCCAACAACAACCUCACUGGAACCAUUAACCCUAAUCUGCUGCUUAGCCUCGUUAACCUUAAAGUUGUCGACUUGAGCAGCAAUGGGCUCUCUGGUUCGCUUCCUGAUGGGUUUUUCAGGCAAUGUGGGUCGUUGAGAGCUUUCUCUCUGGCCAAGAACAAGCUUACAGGGAAGAUUCCGGUUAGUAUAAGCUCCUGCUCGUCUCUUGCUGCUUUGAACUUGUCUUCGAAUCGUUUCUCUGGGUCUAUGCCUCUAGGGAUUUGGUCUUUGAACACUCUGAGGUCUCUUGACUUGUCGAGGAAUGAGUUAGAAGGAGAGUUUCCAAAAAAGAUAGAGAAAUUGAACAACUUGCGUGCGCUUGAUUUGAGUAGAAACCGGUUAUCAGGUCCUAUACCGAGCGAAAUUGGGAGCUGUAUGCUGCUGAAGACUAUUGAUCUUAGUGAGAAUUCUCUGUCUGGAAACUUGCCAGAGACAUUUCAGCAGCUCACUCUGUGUUAUUAUCUGAACUUGGGGAAGAAUGCUUUAGAGGGUGAAGUUCCAAAGUGGAUUGGAGAAAUGAGGAGUCUUGAGACUUUGGAUCUUUCAAUGAACAAGUUUUCAGGGAAGGUUCCAGACUCUGUUGGCAACCUUCUUGCACUGAAAGUUCUGAACUUUUCUGGGAAUUGGUUUAAUGGUAGCUUGCCUGACUCAACAGCCAACUGUAUCAACCUCAUGGCCUUGGAUUUUAGUGGGAAUUCACUGACUGGAAAGCUUCCCCUUUGGAUGUUCCAAGAUGGUUCUCAUGAGGUUUCUUCAUUGAAGAGUGAUGAUUCCACUGGAGGUAUCAAGAAGAUCCAGGUGUUGGAUCUCUCAAGCAAUUCUUUCUUUGGUGAGAUUGGAGCUGGUCUCGGAGAUCUUACAGAGUUACAAGAUCUGAAUCUGUCAAGAAACUAUCUUACCGGCUCUAUCCCCGGUACCAUUGGGGAACUGAAGCAUUUAGGCGUCCUUGAUUUAAGUCACAAUCAGCUUAAUGGAACCAUUCCUCGAGAAACAUGUGGAGCUUCUUCUUUGGAGGAGCUGAGACUUGAAAACAACAUGUUAAUAGGAAACAUCCCGCCUUCCAUCAAGAAUUGCAGUUCCCUUCGGUCUUUGAUCCUGUCACAUAACAAGUUGAUAGGUUCAAUUCCACCAGAAACGGCAAGACUUACGAACCUCCAAGAAGUGGACUUAUCGUUCAAUGAACUGAUCGGAACGCUUCCUAAACAGUUGGCUAAUCUCGGCUAUCUUCACACCUUCAACAUAUCUCAUAACCAUCUCUCUGGAGAGCUACCUGCUGGUGGAAUCUUCAACGGUCUCUCCCCUGAUUCGGUGUCAGGAAACCCGGGGAUUUGCGGUGCUGUUGUCAACAACUCAUGUCCUGCUGUUGCUCCUAAACCGAUUGUCUUGAAUCCUAAUGCAACUAUCGAUUCUUCUUCGGGUGAAGUAGUGCCUCCUGGUGGUGCUGGUCACAAAAGAAUACUCCUUAGUAUAUCUUCCUUAAUAGCCAUUAGUGCUGCUGCAGCCAUUGUGGUUGGUGUCAUAGCCAUCACAGUCCUUAAUCUGAGAGUGCGUGCAACAACGGUUUCAAGAUCAGCCGUGCCGCUUACGUUUUCUGGCGGAGAUGACUUCAGCCGAUCUCCUACAACUGAUAGCAACUCAGGGAAGCUUGUGAUGUUCUCUGGUGAACCUGAUUUCAGCACGGGGACGCAUGCUCUGCUUAACAAAGACUGUGAGCUCGGUCGAGGCGGGUUUGGAGCAGUGUACAGAACAGUCAUCAGAGAUGGUUACCCUGUGGCUAUCAAGAAACUCACUGUCUCAAGCCUUGUCAAGUCUCAGGAAGAGUUCGAGAGAGAGGUCAAGAGACUCGGGAAACUCAGGCACGCGAAUCUGGUUAAGCUCGAAGGUUAUUACUGGACGACAUCUCUUCAGCUUCUUAUAUACGAGUUCCUCUCAGGUGGGAGUCUAUACAAACACUUACACGAAGCACCAGGAGGUGGUUGUUCGCUUUCUUGGAAUGAUCGGUUCAACGCGAUCCUCGGUACAGCGAAAUGCUUAGCGUAUUUGCACCAAUCCAACAUCAUCCACUACAACAUCAAGUCGAGCAACGUGUUGCUAGAUAGCUCCGGUGAGGCUAAACUUGGAGACUACGGAUUAGCGAGGCUGUUACCGAUGCUUGACAGGUACGUGCUCAGCACCAAGAUACAGAGUGCUUUGGGAUACAUGGCUCCAGAGUUUGCCUGCAGGACGGUAAAGAUAACAGAGAAGUGCGAUGUUUAUGGGUUUGGAAUCUUGGUUCUUGAAGUGGCUACAGGUAAGAAGCCUGUGGAGUACAUGGAAGAUGAUAUUGUGGUGCUUUGUGAAUUGGUGAGAGAAGCUCUUGAAGAUGGAAGAGCAGAUGAGUGUAUCGAUCCGAGGCUGCAAGGGAAGUUUCCUGUGGAAGAAGCGGUUGCAGUGAUAAAGCUAGGGCUCAUUUGCACAUCUCAGGUUCCAUCAAGUAGACCACAUAUGGGAGAAGCUGUCAACAUAUUGAGGAUGAUCAGAUGCCCUUCAGGGAGCUCAGAUGAGUUGGGUUCGAGUUGA